CCCUGCGUACAUCACACAGCAAAAAAAGUUGUAUUUUCCUCUGUUGGCAGAGAGCUUAGUGAUCCUUGAACUCUAGCCUUAUUGAGAUAAGGUGAAUUUCCACUUCUCUCUCUUGGAGGAGCCCCCUCCUUUAUUUUAUGACUGUCUCAGCACGAGGGUGAAUUUUCUAGCCUCUUAAAAGCCCAACCUUUGGGAGUGCAGAGCCACUAAGAAAUUCAUCUCUAGGAGAUAACUGCAUCACAGGAAGAAGUCUUGAACUCCUUCAGCCUACAGAAGCAAGAAGACUAUUUACUUUCAGCUAAGACAAGAGGACCUGUAAGAAAAUAUGAGGAGACUGAGCCUCAAAGAAAUGAAAACUUUCCCCCAGGACCACACAACUAUUAUCCCUAUGUGUGAGUCAAAGACAGAGAGCAUGAAAAUCAAGGAGAAAGAUCUGGAGGGCAGGUAUGACUUGUAUCAGUCUCACUGGUACGAACGGUACCUACAGCCCUGUGUGGUGGAGCUACUGGGCUCGGCUCUCUUCAUCUUCAUCGGGUGCCUGUCAGUCAUCGAGAAUGUUGAGGGAGUCGGACGGCUGCAGCCUGCACUGGCUCAUGGGCUGGCCCUUGGGCUCACCAUUGCCUUUUUGGGAAAUAUCAGUGGCGGUCAUUUCAACCCAGCUGUCUCUUUGGCUGCGAUGUUAAUUGGAGGCUUGAAUUACAUGAUGCUCAUCCCCUACUGUAUCUCCCAGCUGUGUGGAGGACUCAUAGGAGCUGCUUUGGCCAAGGCGGUGAGCACAGAAGAAAAGUUCUUAAAUGCUUCUGGGGCAGCCUUUACAACCAUUAGAGAAGCUGACCAGGUGUCUGGUGCUGUGGUAGCUGAGACCAUCAUGACAUUGUUCCUGGUCUUGGCUGUCUGUAUGGGAGCCAUCAAUGAGAAGACCAAGAGCCCACUGGCUCCAUUCUGCAUCGGUUUCACUGUGACUGUGGACAUCCUAGCAGGAGGGGCUAUCUCUGGAGCCUGCAUGAAUCCUGCCCGAGCUUUUGGACCUGCGGUGAUGUCCAAUUAUUGGAAGUACCAGUGGGUUUACUGGCUGGGACCACUGGCCGGCAGCGUGAUUACAGUGAUACUGAUAAGGUUAUUCAUUGGGGAUCAGAAAAUUCGGCUGUUUCUAAAACACCUUUGAUGUAAUUGUUUAUCAUAUGGACAGUUUUGCUUUGCUUUGCCACUGGAUUCUUCUCAUUUUGGCUUGACUUAGCAUGGAACAAUGAAGAGGAAGACCUCUCAUGUAUGGGACAUGCCAGCUUUGGGUUGCUCCCCACGGGCCGUGCCCUGUUUUUCUACCUUAGCACCUUAUUUCCUUCCUGUUAAAUGGAUGCUGAAUCACACCUUCCUCUCUGGCUGCUGGACAGCUAUUUAUUGUUGGGAAGAUUCCAGAAAAAACCUAAAUAAUGUUAUUAUCAUCUCAUGUGAUCUGGGAAGAGACAGCAGGGAAGAUGGAAUUGCUUUUGUUGACAGGUUGGAGGGGACUGGGAAUGAGGGAGGGGGGAAAGGAGGAAGAGGUGUAAUAGCAACUAGAAGAGGGAAAGGGUUGUUUCAUUCCCACUUUGUACAGAGGAGAGGGAAGGGAGGGAGGCUAAAAAGCCGGUUAUUUAAUUUCUUAGAGAUUCUUUUCAAGAACAACAGAAUCUUCUCCUCUUGUUUCUCCUAUCUGCUAAGGGGAAUAAGGGGUGUUUCAAACUUCUUAUAUUGUCUCUAUUGAUAUGGAAAAUUCCAGCACACUUUACAAUAAACAGUAUUUCUCCAA